GACAGUCGCUAACGUGUUGGUUUACAGUCAUUUGUUUAUUUUAAAACCCUAAAACUCUAUGCUUUUAAUUCCUGUUUUUUUUUAAUAUGUGUUACUGAAACUGCAGUUUAAAAAGUAAAAACAUAGAUAAUAAAUAUUGUUGUUUAUGGAAUUUAUCAUUUAAGGUUCAUAUCAACCAAUUCAUCUUUCUUAAUCGAAGGUAAUAAAAACACAUUUAGACGGGAAGAAAAUGGCGGAUGAAAGCGCGGCGCAACCGUCGCUCAACCUGGGCGGCGUAAUCAGCGAACAACUGACAGAGUCCAUAAAAAAGAUGGACCUCCUGACAGUCUUGCAAAAAAUGGUAGCCACCACCCCUGAAGAUGAAGAAUCUGAAGAAAUUCGUGAUAAAUUGCGUGGGGUUUUGAAGCAGUAUGAAGAUAUGGAUCCUGCCGACAAGGAGCGGUUUACAAAUCAAAUUAAGGAAGGAUUAGUUCAGAAACUUAGUAUGAGAUUGAAAGAAGGAGCACAAUCAAUAAAGUUAGAUGGACUUGAAGAUGCCAUAAGAGAUGCUGUUGUUUAUCGCCUGUAUCUUGUAGGGAUUGGAGUCUUCCUUUUCAUUUUGUUGCUUGUUUUCUUCGGCUACAAACUCUACAAAUCGAUAAAGGAAAAAGAGAUAAAGCGGGAGGAAAAGAAAAAAUUAAAACAAAUGAAGAAGAAAAAGUGAACGAAAUCUUAAAGAAAUUUUAUAUUGAUGGCGUUUUUGAUAAAAUACAAAAUAUCGCAAUAUCAAAUAGGAUUUGGUAUAUUUUAUUAUUACAAAUUUAGCUAUUUUUACUCUAAAUAUUUAAUAAAUCAUCAAUUAUGUCACAUAGGAUUUUAGGAUAAAUCGUUAAAUAUUUUUAUUAUGUUUUUAACAAAGAAAUAUAUUUUUGUAGUAAUUAUCAAAAACGUCAUAUUAGGGGUUAAGAAUGGCACGACAUGACGGCUGAUGCUAUAACGGCUAGGCGUUUGGAAAAUUAUGCAUAAAGGUUUAAGGAUAUUUUAGAAAUGUAUUAAGUCUGCGAACCCAAUAUUUCAAUAUUUUGUAUUGCAUAACGUCAAACACUAUUUAUUGCAUAAAUAAUAUGCACAAAUUUAAUAUUCCGAUCAUUACGAAAAUAACACCAUUACAUAUAAAAAUAUAACGGGAAACACAUAAUACUAUUGCUAAAGAAUUUGAAUUUAACAAGUGUUGGAAAUUCAUUCUUCUACAACUCGAAGUUUUGUCACCGAAUAAGUUCGCAUUAUUUCCAUAGACUACAGAAAACGUAGAACGCUAUCUUUGAACGAACAAAAUAGAAACGUCGUUGAAUUUAAAUAUGUGUUCUUUUCUCCAAGAAAUUUUAAUAGGUUUAAAUCGAUCUAAAAAUUAAAUAUGUUCAUUAUAUACAUUUCUUUUAAAGAUUAAAAGCAUAUUUAAUCGAAAAAAGGCUUAUUUGAUAAACAUUGCACACAUAUUUUUUUUUAUUAGUGAUGUCAGUAUUUGUAUCGUAACUGGUGUGCCAAUUUUCUAAAUUUCUAAAUUUUGUGUAAUAUAUAUGUGAGAGUGCAUAAUUUUUCAACCGUCACUCUUAUGAAUGACUGAAUUAAAUAUGUAGCAUAAAUAUUUAUUGAAGAGAAUUAUCUUUUUGAUGAUUAAAUAUUUUCUUUUAUUUAAGUUGUUAAACUUAAAUCGCCUCUCUACUUGACCGGUGAAGAUUUUCCGCAUUUAUAUUUAGUAAAUGGAAUUUCGAUUGAACAUGCAAAAAAACGAAUUGGAUACUGAAAAAAAUAUUUUUUAGAGUAAAGGCAUUAUUAGUACAAAUAUGUUUUUUUUUCUGGAACUUUUUUGUCAUCGCAUAGUCGAUAAGAUAGUCUCCCAAUAUUCAACAUGAGACAGAAAUUUUUUAUUCAUCUAUGGACGCGGGCCGAUUUCCCGUUUAAAAUAUCACAGUUACACCAUAUCACAUGUUACGAACUGCCUAAUUUUCGCAAAUUCCAGCUGUUUUUAAUAUAUAGACAUUUUCUAUUGUUUUCGUUGUUUUGAGCGUUUUAUGUCAAAUGAUUAUGUACGGAUAAAAUAUAUUUAUUUUUUACAAUAAAAAA